UGAUUGUCGCAGCUAAUAAACAGACCAUUGCAAGGGAAAAGCUCGUGACAGGCAGAACGUGUGUCAUAAUUACGCAAUUAGAGGCAAUAUUGAAGAAGAAAUUAAGGCUGCAAGGAAGUCUUAAGUAUGGGAUUGAAUAACGUGCUGGUGCUGUCCCAAGUGACGACGUAUAUUAUCGCCUUUUUGCUGUCGCUUUGUAUUAUCAUUCCUAUUUCUUAUCAUCUGAGUGAUUUCCGAGGCCAUUGCUUGUUGUUCAGCAGAGGGAAUUGGAGUGAGACAGACGGGCAGCUGGAAGUCAGCUGGGGCUCACAAGCCUUCUGCGACUAUAAUAUCAGCUGGGCCAGUAUUUCUCUCUUCAUUGCCCUCGUUCAGAGUUACAAAUGCAUUGUCCAGCUGUGCACAGGAGGAGAGAGCACAUUCCUGAGUGCAUUUGUGGAUGUUGUCAUGAGCAUUGUGAUGUCCUUUGCCGCCCUCGCAGGAGCUCUUAUCAUCACCAUUGGCUACCAGAUAUGGUGCAACACAAUCAUGCUGCGUUUCGAGGCGUGCGAAGAUGCCACACAAAAUGACAUUGAUAGGAAAGACGAGAUACACACUCGCAUGUUCUACACACACUUUGGAACGGCUCAGUUUGGAGCAUGGACUCUGUGGGUCUGCUGGGUUGGAUUGGCAAUGUUCUCCUGGUUGAAGCUAUGGAAGUACCACCAGCAAGAAAACAUCCGCGUCUCCAUGGCCAGGGAGCGAGCCAGACUUGUCAGAGACAGACAUGUUAGACUCACAGAAUAAAAGAGAUCUUCUGUUGCACAAGAAAGUCAUAUUGAGAAAUAAGGAACAGAAGGGACAGUGUAUGUAGAGAGAAGCAUUUUUUUUUCCUUAUUUGUUCACAGUGAUGGAGUGAACCUCUCAAAGUGUAGCUGUCAGUAUGGUAAAGUAUUAGGUGUUCUUUCAGGUAACUGACUGAACAGUUCAGUUAAAGAAGGGUAGGCAGUCGUUUCAUGGAUUUUCAGAUUCCACGUCACAACAAUGUAUCAUAGCUAGAAGUACCAUUUGAAAUAGUUACCAAAGGCUCAGAUAUCUGGAUAUAUAUAUAUAUAUAUUUUAAUUAACCAGGGUAUUGGAUGGAAAAGAACAUAUGUUAUUUUUUACUUGUGAUGAGUAAAUGAGCAGUUUUAGUGCUUGUCCAUUAUUGCUAGUGAUGUAAUUUACCUAUUUUGCCUUGUCCAGUUAAAACAAGUUUAUGCUCUUGAUAUGUUUUCAGCUUUAAAAAAAAAGAUAAUAGAGCCAUUAUGUAACUAUUAUCAAAUUUUAUAUUAUAUUGUAUAUUUACAGCAUACCACUUCAUAUAUUUCCAGCAUAAAACCGGGUUACAUACAACAUUGCUUUGGUGAAUUUUGUUUGACAUAUGAUUUAAAGAAUUAAGUUUUGUAACAAAUCUUUAUUAAUUUUAUGAAUAAUCGGUGAAUGCAUCAGUUGAUAAUGAAAAGUUUCUAAUUAUUUUCCUGACUAUAUAAUGAUUAUGGCAUUCAUAGUGCUCCAGUUGUCAUUGGACUAAGGACCAUUCUUGUAGACUUGCUCAUGGAUUUUUAGCAGUAUUAGAAUACCACCUAUGAAAUGAGAUACUGAAGAUGUAUAAAAUGUCAACAGUUUGAUUGCAGGUAUCUUGCAAAGUGUCACAAGAAGAGGGGAAGCUGCCAUUUGAACCAUCCAUACCCUCCAUUUCAGUUUUCUUAAAAAAAGAACUCGAGAGUCAGAGCUACUUUGUGUCGUACCCAUUGAGAAGAUUAGCUUUUGAGGGCAUGACCCUUUUGAAGAAGUUUGGUUUGUGAUCGGAAAUCCUUAGAGAAGUUAAAAAAUACGCUAAUUUUAAUUUCUGGGUUAUCAAUAUUUCUCUGGUUUUAUCUACUAAAAGAUGGUUUGGAGGUGUUUAUGGGUGAUCUUGUACUCUAUAGGAAUCUUCCAAUCUUUUUUUUUUCUUUUUUUUUAUCAGGUAAGAAAGAUGGUGAAAGUUAUGCAUGGAUUGCACAUGGGUCCUCUUUUUGAAAGGUUUCUAUUUUUGUCCAUGGGAAAUAGUGCCAAAUUGUGCAAGUUUAACCUUUUUAUGGCCUUGGUUUCUGUCAUGUAAGUCAUAUUAUUUUUAAUAUAUUGUUGUUGUUUUUCUCUCUCAAAUUGAAUGUCCUCAACUUGUAGUCUAACAAUAGUAUCCAAAGGGUUAAUUAGUUGGAAAUUGAAUGUUGUAUUAACUUGUAAAGUCACUGCAGCAUUGAACUGCAAUUCCAUGAGAUGAAAUGGAACCAAACUUUUCCUGAUAUAAUUUUCCCAAUUUUCAUGCUUAUUUGCCAUAGAUAUACAAAUACUUGCCAGGGUUAUGGAAUUAUUUGACAUUUAUUAGUUUCAUAACCUAAAAAAUUAUAUAAAUUGAAAAUGCCUCCAUGAGGCUGCAGGGAUAAAGGAAGAAAAUAAAUUAUCUACUUUCAUUGAAAAAGAAUACCCAUAUUGAAAGAAGUAGAUUGCACUGCAGAAUCAGUUCAGUUAUUAUGAGUUUAUAGAAAUAAAUAAAGAGUUGUUUUAUAUAAGGUUUGUAAGAAGUGAUGUCAAACUCAGUUUUUAGUUCUGUCAAUUGUCAAAAUCAAUGUAGUUGUAGAAAGAUUUUUCCCCCUUCAAAUUAUUCUUCUAAUUCUACUUCUUCUACUUCUUCUUCUUCUUCUUCUUCUUCUAAUUCUACUUCUACUACUGCAUAGAGGCCUAUCUUUGUGUACAUCAAAAGGACUCGGCUCCAUAUAUAGAAAAGGAGAAUGAAGAUGGUUAUCGCAAUAUUUUUGUGUUCCCUCUUCACUGCCUGUAUUUUAUAUGAGUAAAAGUAAUCCUUGAAAUAAUAUUGGCCUUCUGGUUCAUGUGGUAACAUUUUAAUAUGUUAUAAUAGUACUGUUAGCAACUGUUCACAUUAUCAUAUGACAAAUUUUCUGUUCUCUCUUUUUUGUUUUUAAGGCAUCACUGCCAUUUCUUUCUUUCUUUCUUUCUAUCAGAGCCUAAAACCUGUCGCCUCAGUUUUAAGGCAACUGGCAGUAGACUAAACUUGUUUGGUGACUAAACUAAUAUAAGCAUGCAAUAAACCCUGUAAUAAAGUCUGUUAAUGUCAGACUAAUUGUAACAACAAAAAUGUGAUAGGCAAGUGUUUUGUAAACAGAAGUAUUUAUCCUCAGCUCUCCUUUUUGGGAGGUAGGGGAGUUUAAAGAUUACUUAGAGGCGAGUGUAAUAAGCUGCUUUAAUCAGCUAUGAAUGGCCCAUUUGUCCUCAUUAUUAUUCUAAAGUUUCAAAGCCUUUUUUUCUCUCUUCUUUUUUUAUCAUAAAUAAAGUUCAAUUAGUGAAAGGCAAAUGCUUUUUGUUAUUAUUGUUGUAUAUCUAAACAAAAACAGAUAUUUGGUUUCAUAUAGGUCAGGUUGUCUUCACUGUAAAUAGAAAAAAACACAUGAAAAGGAAAAUGGUCAGGUAGUACUUUUUCUUCAGUCUAAGACUAUUUCCUCAAUAAUAUAUUAUCCAUGAAAGAGAUUUGGAGUAUUAUCAUUUUAGAACUUCUUUGGAAUAUAUAAGUGCUUACAAUUAUACAGGUUUAGCUUAUUUAACAAAUGCGGAUGAUUUAUUAUUACAAAGUAGAAAAGGAUUUUUGUGUGUUUUUUGCUUUCCUGUUUUUUCUCUAUCUUGGAAUUAGAAAUUAAAAAGUCACAUCCUUUGAAUACUCAAAAAUAAAAUUUGACAGAAUGUACUAGCCCCCCCCACACACACACACACACACACACUCACUCACUCACUCUCUUCUCUUAUACUUAUACUUAUACUUUUUUGUUGUUAGAAAUUCAAUCAGAUUUAGAAAGUGGAAACGCAAAAUGUUCAAAUGUUGGUAAUGAAGUUAUCUUUUUGUGAUAAGCAUUUUUUUUUUCCAGUCAGCCAUCCAUGUUCUGGUACAUGCACCGUUGACUAUAGAUUUGUUCUGUCAGUUUGGUUUACACAGACUUGACUUCACAAGUGCUUAGUCUAACCUACCUAACCUCAGCAUUCCUUAAUUUUUUCAGAAGGUUUUUAAUUCCAAUACCAAUAUUAUCAUUGAUGAUGUUACUAUUCAUUGUCUAAGCAUUUGUGGAGGCUUCCAUGUGAAAACACAAGUCAUAAAUUAAAAUCAUAGGAGACAGGGCAUGUAUAAUGCCCUCCUGGCAUCAAUAAAUUAAACAAUAUUUCAUAAGUGAUUUCAACUUCAGGUUCAGUCCAGAAUUAGAGAUAUUAAUAAGUCUGAAACAAGGAAAGUUCAUACAUAAAAGAUUUGAGAGGCCAACAGCUUUGUACUCAUGUAAUGCCAUAUUUAAUUACAAAAAAAUAGACAGUAUUGAACAAUUGCUGGUAAUGGCAGAUUUGUUCAUAAUUUUAUCGAGCAUUGAUAUUUAGCACCGAAUAUUUUGUAUUAGGUAUGUAGUUAUUGCAAACAGUCAACAUUUACAUGAUAUACAGAAGUUAAACAAGCAGUUGGUUUCAUAUCCAAUGUCAAAUUCCAAGAAAAGACAGAUUUUUUUUUGCAUGUCACAAAUGUAAUUAUACUCAUUUUUUAUUGAGGCAAAGAAUGCACUUGACAGUAUGGUGACAAGCUGACAGAUUGGUGAUGACAAUGAUUUGGUAGCUGAUAGAUCUGUGCACUCAACCAAAUCAUCGCCAACCUCUCAAAUGCUCUUCUCCUCAUUAAAAAAUGGAGUGCAAUAUGAAUUUAGUGCCUUUCUUGGGAAAUAAAUUUUGUAUUAAAUAAACUCAGAGUUAAGAUCUUAAAUUGCAACUUUAUUUGCUAAAGGUAUUGAUAAAUUUGGCAGGGAUGCAUGUGUGUAUGAGAUUGUAUAUAUGUCUUUGUAUAAAUUGCAGUUACAUAUUGGGAAUGCUUUAUAAUAGAGUAUUGGUAUCUUGGGCAGGGGUUAAUUUUUAAUGGCAAUGCAUUUGAUAUACUGGGUGGUAUCUUAUGGAACAUAGAUUAUGGAUAUAUUCACAGUAAUCUCUAUUUUAUAAAAAAUGGUUCAUUAUGCUCUCUGUAAGGAAGCAAGCAGCUAGUGUAUUAUGUACCCUUUUCCAGUAGUUAGUCUUGUCCCUUUGAUGUCAGCAAUAAAUACAGAGUGUA